UAAUUACUUUAGCAAAAAUAAUAAUAGAAAUAAACAAAACAGUAAAGUUUGAAUAAAUAUGUCAGAGUUUACACAAGCAGUUACUUUAUAUACAUCUACAGAUGGUGAGUUUUUUAAUCCUCUCACUGGAAUUGACAUUUGUAAAAAUUGUGGUAAAAAGACCCUGGUAUGCCCUCAUAAACUACUACCAAAAGAAGGAAUAAUACAAUUACCUACUGGAAGUACUCAUCUAAAAGUAAUACGCAUUGAACCUGACUUGCGUGCGACUUUGAGCACAGAAAAAAAUAGACGAAUCACAAGUAUUUUUGAUAAUAUGAAGUUUAGUCUACUUGAAUCAGUGACAAAUCUUGAAGAUAUUUGGGAAUCUAUUGGAAUUAGUGAGGAACAAAAGGAUAACAGAAAUAAGACUGUUUUAGAUCAUCUUCAACAGCUUUUAAAUGAAAUGGUAGCUGAAGAGGAGCAGUUAAAAUCAAAAAUGCAGCUGAAAGUUAAAGAAUAUCAAGAGGAGCUUGACCAACUAUGCAAAGACCUUGCUAUUCCACCAAAACAAAUUCCAGCUAAUUUGAGCCUUCUCCAGCUAGAAAAUAGACUAAGGGGAGAAGUUGAUACUCUCAACAAGGAAAAACAUGAUAGAUUAAAAUCUUUAAAACGAAUUCGUAAUGAUGAACAACUGCUAUGUGAGCGCCUUAUGAUGCCACAACAUGAACUUGUUUUUAUUGGUUGUCCAACUCUUGACCAGUUGCGAGAGUUAGAGCAAAAUGUAAAGUUUCUAAAAACUGAAAAAACGUCACGCAUGACUCUUUUUAAAAAGCUACAAGCUUCUAUCAUGCAACUGUGGCGAGAGCUUGAUAGUGAACCAAGUAACGAAUUUGAGGAACAGUUGUGUCAUCCGGAUUCUGAUGAAAAUUUUGUUUUAUCCUCACAACAUCUUGAUGAUUUAACUGAACUUCAAAAAAAGCUUCAAGAAGAGCAUAGUGCAUUGUUACAACAAAUAGAAUCUCUGCGUAACAAAGUUAUUUCAUUGUGGGAUCGUUUAGAAACUACAAAAAGUGAAAGAGAUGAAUUUUUGCCCAUAUUAAAAAGUAACACUCCAAAAUCAGCAAAAGCGCUUAUGAAAGAAAUAUCACGAUUAGAGGAGUUGAAGAGAUUGCACAUGCAAAAGUUUAUUGAAUCAAUAAGAAAGGAGUUGGCUUUUUUAUGGGACAAAUGCUAUUUUGGCGAAGAGCAAAGAAUUGUUUUUCAAGCAUUUUAUUCAGAUAUUUAUACAGAAGAUACAUUAGCUGAACACGAGCACCAAGUUGCUACACUUAAAAAUUACUAUGAAGAAAACAAAGAGCUUUUUAAGCUUGUCGAAAAGAGAGAAAAUUUGUGGAAAAAGAAAGUUGAGUUUGAGAGCCGUGCUACUGAUACUAAUCGCUUAAACAAUCGAGGUGGUGCAUUGUUAAAAGAAGAAAAAACAAGAAAGUCUGUAGAAAAAGAGCUUCCCAAAGUUGAAAAUGAAUUACGAAAAAAAAUAAUUGUAUGGGAGCGUGAAAACGAAUCAUAUUUUUUGUUUAAUGGCAAUCGUUAUGUUGACUAUAUUGAAAUUCAAAAAAAUGAAUUUGAAGAAUGUCAAAAAGAAAAAAAAGAAGAAAAGUUACGAGUAAAAUUAGAAGAAUUAGAUAACGAGUUAAAGUUUGGAUCAACAAGUUCAAAACGAAAACAUGUUGGAACCCCAGGAAAAGCUAAAACACCAAAGAUGGAUAUUACUCAUGGCACUCCUGGACGUUUUGUUCACUCAUCACUAUUUUCUUCGCCACGCCACCCUGUCCACUUUAAAGAAAAUAAUCUGACUUCAGCAAAAUCUUUAGUGGUCAAUGUUUUAAAGAAAGCUGUUAAAAAUAAAACUGCUAAAAUAAACAAGAUACAAAACGAAUCUCGAAGAAAAAGUUUAAAGCGUCGUUCCGUGCGCCUUGCUUCAGCUAAAAGAGUUCUUAGCGAAAAGAAUGGAAAUGCUAUAGACAGCCAUUUGGAUGUGUCGGUGGUGAGUGGGUCAAUAUUUAAAAAUUCAAACCCGAAUGCAUCUUUGGUGUCUUAUAAUGACUUUUCUAAUGCCGUUGCAGAGAGUCCUUUUAGUCGCAGUAGUUUUUUAUGCAACCCAACAGAACGCGCUCCUAGCAUGCAGAAUAGCUUCACUAACAUUUCAAACACAUCUAAAAGAACAUCUUCUAGAAAUACGAAUCGCAUUGGAAACAGUAAUUCGAAUAAAACUUUGACGGAACAAACGCCGAAAACAUUCAGAGUGUAAUAAAAAAUUAGUGAUUGUUUUACGGAUAUUUUUUGUACAAUAUUUUACUUCCGUUUUUAAUAAUUUUACCAUUUGUUUUAUUCCGAAUUUAAUUAUUAUUCUUAAAUUAAAUUUAGGUUGUAUUGUUUAUAUUAAUAAUGCAAUGUUUUUUGUUUUUUUCUAUUUCUCAUUUUGUUAUAUUUUUGUUCUGAUAAAGAUGAAACUUGCACAUUAUGUGUAGCUUAUGCGUA